ACGUGUAUUUCUGCUGGCAGCCUGUGCGUUUUGACUGAAUUGGUUCAAGGGCACAAAAGGACCAAGGAGAUCUGCCAGUGCCUGUUCCUUGCGGUGUCAGCACCUGACUUCCCGGUGACAACAGGAGGCAAAUGGGACUAAACAAGUUUUGCAGGAGGCAGCAGAAUGACAGGUUUGAUUAAAAAUCUCGUCGUGAUCCUCUGACCUGGAGCUACUUCAUCCUUCAGUCUUUUUUACCCCCCUGUACUGAACACUGAAACCAGAGCCUUUGCAAUGAGCUGUAUCUCUAGCUCCUUCUUAUUUUGAUUUGGUGACAGGGUCUCGCUAAAUUGCUCACGCUAGGCCGGAUCUUACAAUCCUCCCCUGUCAACCUCCUAAGUAGUGUGCGCCACCGCGCCUAGCUCUGGGAAGGGGAAUAACAGCAGCUGUCCGUAGGGCAGCGCGACCCUGAUAAAACUACUAGUUUUGGAACAAGUCAAGCUUCCGGGUGGAAGGUUCCAUAGUGCAAGCCCCGCCCGUCUCUGCCCUCCAUGACGUCACCGACCGAGGUAUCUAGUGACGCCAUCUCCGCCAAUCCCUACUCCAGCCCCUGUUCUCCGGAAACCUACGACUCCUGGGACCGACCUCCGCCUUUCGGAUCCAUGGAGGCCGCGCCCGGGACCCCCCCGCCGCCGCCAUCAGAGUCGCCGCCGUCGCCAUCGCCGCCGCCGCCAUCAUCGCCUUCGCCUCCUCCGUGUUCCCCCGACGCCCGCCCGAGCUCCCCGCACCUCCUCCACCACCGCCUCCCGCUCCCUGACGACAGGGAAGAUGGUGAGUUGGAGGAAGGUGAACUGGAAGACGAUGGGGCGGAGGAGACCCAAGACACCCCAGGAGGGCAAGAGAGAAGCCGGAAGGAAAAGGGGGAAAAACACCAUAGUGACUCGGACGAGGAGAAGUCUCACAGGAGGCUGAAGCGGAAACGGAAGAAAGAGCGGGAAAAGGAGAAGAGGAGGUCGAAGAAGAGGAGGAAAUCCAAGCACAAACGCCAUGCUUCUUCCAGCGACGACUUCUCAGACUUCUCAGAUGAGUCAGAUUUCAGCCCCAACGAGAAGGGGCACCGCAAGUACCGGGAGUACAGCCCCCCGUACGCCCCGUCCCACCAGCAGUACCCGCCCUCACACACCACAUCCCUACCCAAGAAGUCCUACUCCAAGAUGGACAGCAAGGGCUACAGCAUGUACGAAGACUACGAGAACGAACAGUACGGAGAGUACGAGGGGGACGAGGAAGAGGACAUGGGCAAGGAUGACUAUGACGACUUCACCAAAGAGCUGAACCAGUACCGCCGCUCCAAGGAGGGCAGCAGCCGAGGCCGAGGCAGCCGAGGCCGGGGCAGAGGAUACAGAGGCCGAGGAAGUCGUGGAGGAUCUCGAGGCCGAGGCAUGGGCCGGGGCGGCCGGGGCCGGGGCCGAGGCUCCUUGGGAGGAGAGCACCCGGAGGACGAGGAGGACUUCUAUGAGGAGGAGAUGGAGUAUGGAGAAAGCGAGGAGCCAAUGGGGGAUGACGACUACGAUGAGUACUCCAAGGAGCUGAACCAGUACCGCCGGUCCAAGGACGGCCGAGGCCGAGGGUUAAGUCGAGGCCGGGGCCGGGGUUCCCGGGGCCGAGGGAAAGGGAUGGGCCGGGGCCGCGGCCGAGGUGGCAGCCGAGGCGGGAUGAACAAGGGCGGAAUGAACGAUGACGAAGACUUCUACGAUGAUGACAUGGGCGACGGUGGCGGGGGCAGCUACCGGAGAGGUGACCACGACAAGCCCCACCAGCAAUCUGACAAGAAGGGCAAAGUCAUCUGCAAGUACUUCGUGGAAGGGCGGUGCACGUGGGGAGACCACUGUAAUUUUAGCCAUGACAUUGAACUGCCAAAGAAGCGAGAGCUGUGCAAGUUCUACAUCACGGGGUUCUGCGCCCGCGCCGAGAACUGCCCCUACAUGCAUGGCGACUUUCCCUGUAAGUUGUACCACACGACUGGGAACUGCAUCAAUGGGGAUGACUGCAUGUUCUCCCACGACCCUCUGACCGAGGAGACGCGCGAGCUCCUGGACAAGGUGCACGAGCCACUGUCCCCACAGCAGCUGCAGCAGCAGCAGGACAUGUACAACAAGAAGAUCCCCUCCCUGUUUGAGAUCGUUGUGCGGCCCACGGGGCAGCUGGCUGAGAAGCUGGGCGUGAGGUUUCCUGGACCUGGUGGACCCCCAGGGCCAAUGGGUCCUGGGCCCAACAUGGGACCCCCAGGGCCAAUGGGGGGCCCCAUGCACCCUGACAUGCAUCCGGACAUGCACCCAGACAUGCACCCUGAUAUGCAUCCUGACAUGCACCCCGAUAUGCCGAUGGGCCCUGGCAUGAACCCUGGCCCUCCUGUGGGUCCUGGCGGUCCUCCCAUGAUGCCCUAUGGUCCUGGAGACUCCCCACAUUCCGGAAUGAUGCCCCCCAUCCCACCAGCCCAGAACUUCUAUGAAAACUUCUACCAGCAGCAGGAGGGCAUGGAGAUGGAACCAGGCCUCAUCGGGGAUGCAGAGGACUACGGGCACUACGAAGAGCUACCGGGGCAGCCUGGGGAGCCCCUCUUCCCCGAGCAUCCUCUGGAGCCAGACAGCUUCUCUGAGGGAGGGCCCCCAGGCCGGCCGAAGCCGGGUGCCGGUGUCCCCGACUUCCUGCCCUCAACCCAGAGGGCCCUGUACCUGAGGAUCCAGCAGAAGCAGCAGGAGGAGGAGGAGAGAGCGAGGAGGCUGGCUGAGAGCAGCAAGCAGGACCGGGAGAAUGAGGAAGGUGAUACCGGAAACUGGUACUCAAGUGAUGAGGACGAAGGGGGGAGCAGUGUCACCUCCAUCCUCAAGACACUGCGGCAGCAGACAUCCAGCCGACCCCCAGCUUCAGUUGGGGAGCUGAGCAGCAGUGGGCUGGGAGACCCCCGCCUCCAAAAGGUGCACACCACUGGAGGCCGACUGGCUGACCCCCGCCUCAGCCGGGACCCCAGACUCUCCCGCCAUGCUGAGGCUUCUGGCGGAUCCGGCCUGGGAGACACCGGGCCCUCUGACCCCCGGCUGGCUCGCUCCCUGCCCACCUCGAAGCCGGAGGGCAGCCUUCAUUCCAGCCCCGUCGGCCCCAGCAGCUCCAAGGGCUCCGGGGCUCCCGCUCAGGAAGAGGAGGAGGGGGAGCGGGCGCUGCGGGAGAAGGCCGUGAGCAUCCCCCUGGACCCCCUGCCUGGGCACCCGCUGCGGGACCCCAGGUCGCAGCUGCAGCAGUUCAGCCACAUCAAGAAGGACGUGACCCUGAGCAAGCCCAGCUUUGCCCGUACCGUGCUCUGGAACCCCGAGGACCUGAUCCCUCUGCCCGUCCCCAAGCAGGACAUGGUCCCCCCCGUACCCGCUGCCCUGCAGUCCCUGCCUGCCUUGGACCCCAGGCUGCACCGGUCCAACCCCACAGGGGCCCCCGGUGCCCGCCAGCGCCAAGGCGCCUCCACAGACCCCAGCACCUCCGGCUCCAACCUGCCUGACUUUGAGCUCCUCUCUCGCAUCCUCAAGACUGUUAACGUUACUGGCCCCUCCGCAGCCCCCAGCCCAAGCGACAAGCCCAGUGACCCCAGGGUGCGGAAGGCCCCCACUGAUCCUCGACUGCAGAAGCCAGCAGACACGGUCGCCUCGCGUGCUGCCAAGCCCAGCCCUCCCGAAGGGUCCUCUCCAGCCUCCAGCCCCAGUGGAGGGUCCUCCCCACCGGCCACGGCUCCCUACGACCCCAGAGUCCUGGCCGCCGGCGGGCUGGGCCAGGGCAGCGGCAGUGGGCAGAGCAGUGUGCUGAGUGGCAUCAGCCUCUAUGACCCGAGGACUCCCAACGCGGGCAGCAAAGCUGGGGAGCCAGCUACUGACGCAGGGGCCCAGCCCAAGGGGCCUGAGGGAAACGGCAAGAGCUCGGCCUCUAAGACCAAGGAGCCCCCUUUUGUCCGCAAGUCUGCACUGGAGCAGCCAGAAGCAGGGAAAGCUGGCACGGAUGGGGCCUCUGCCGCGGCCACAGACAGAUACAACAGCUACAACCGGCCCCGGCCCAAGGCAGCCGCCGCCUCCGCCACAGCCACCGUCGCCGCGCCUGCGGAGGGCGCCCCGCCGCAGCCCGGGGUGCACAACCUGCCCGUGCCCGCCCUCUUCGGGACCGCGAAGCCCGCACCCAAGACAGGCUCGGGAAGCCCGUUUGCUGGCAACAGCCCGGCCCGCGAGGGCGAGCAGGAUGCAGGGUCCCUGAAAGACGUUUUUAAAGGCUUCGACCCCACCGCCUCCCCCUUCUGCCAGUAGUGUUGGCCGGAGCCGGUGCUCCUGCAACCCCGCCUCUUCCACGGUGAUAUUUAAGGGCAGCAGUCUGAGUUGGGAUUGGGGGGAGAUGGGGAGGG